AUGCCAGGGUUGAAUUUUGAUAACUACCAAAGAAACCAAUAUCUAGCAAGUAAGGGGUUUUCACAAGCAAAAGCCACUUCUACAGGUACUACUAUUGUUGGUUGUAAGUUUCAAAAUGGAGUUGUCAUUGCUGCUGAUACAAGAGCCACAGCAGGAGAUAUAGUUGCUGAUAAGAAUUGUGAGAAGUUACAUCGAUUAGCACCCAGAAUCUGGUGUGCUGGUGCUGGUACAGCUGCUGAUACAGAGAUGGUGACUCAAUUGAUUGCCUCUAAUUUAGAAUUGCAUUCAUUAUAUGAAAAUCGGAAACCUAGAGUUAUUACCGCCAUGACUUUAUUGAAACAACAUUUGUUCAAAUAUCAGGGCCAUUUGGGUGCUUAUUUAAUUGUAGCAGGAACUGAUCCUACGGGAGCCCAUUUAACUUCAGUUCAAGCUCAUGGAUCAACAGAUGUGGGUGAAUAUUUAUCUUUGGGUUCAGGAUCUUUAGCAGCCAUGGCUGUACUUGAAACCAAUUGGAAACCAGAUAUGACAAGAGAAGAAGCCAUGCAGUUAUGUUCUGAUGCGAUUUUACUGGGGAUUUGGAAUGAUUUAGGUUCUGGAUCCAACGUUGACUUAUGUGUCAUGGAAAUAGGCAAAGAUGCUAACUUAUACAGAAACUACAUGACUCCUAACGUUAGAAUUGCAAAGGAAAGAUCUUACAAGUUUGCUAGAGGUACAACUGCAGUGUUACAGACAAGUGUACGCGAUUUAUUAGAUGUUGAGGAAACAGUUAUACCUUUCGGUCAAAAGGAUUCCGAUGCCAUGGAGAUUGAGGCGUAG